CAACAUUAUACAUCCAACUUCUAAACCAUAUACCAAUAUCAUUGAAUAUUAUGGCUUAUUCCAAUAACAUUUUCAUAAUGAAGAUGAGUUUAUUCAUUUUAUACCCACUAAUCAUGUUGAUAAUCUUAGCUCUUCCAACAUUAUCAACUUCAUCUUUCAAUGUUUUGAUGGGUUUUGGGGCGAAACCCAAUGGCCUAACUGACUCCACCAAUGCAUUCCUACGUGCAUGGGAAGCUGCAUGUACCUCUACUCAUGCUGCCCUAAUAUAUGUCCCCAAGGGUAGGUAUUUGCUUCGCCCACUGGCCUUUAAGGGUCCUUGCAAAAGCCCCCAUAUCACCUUCCGAAUUGAUGGCACCCUUGUUGCCCCACAAGACUAUCGGGUUUUGGGUGGAGCUGAGAAUUGGCUUAACUUCCAAAGGGUUAGCGGGGUUUCUAUUGUUGGCGGUGCACUUGAUGCCAAGGGUCCUGCCUUGUGGGCUUGUAAGGCCAAUCCAACCAAGUCAUGCCCUUCUGGAGCCACGAGUUUGAGCAUUACGUAUUCCAAAGACAUAAAAAUUACUGGACUAUUGUCGUUAAACAGUCAAAUGUUCCACAUUGUGAUAAACCAUUGUGAGAAUGUGGAGAUGAGAGCAGUGAGAACCAUUGCCCACCGUGAUAGUCCCAACACUGAUGGCAUCCACGUUCAACUCUCUAAAAAUAUUGCCAUCUUGAACUCUGCGGUAGGAACUGGGGACGAUUGUGUUUCCAUCGGCCCUGGCACUCAGAAUCUCUGGAUCGAACGCAUGGCUUGUGGUCCUGGUCAUGGCAUUAGCAUCGGGAGCCUGGCUAAGGACAUGAAUGAGGAAGGAGUCCAAAAUGUAACCGUGAAGCAAGUUGUUUUCACAGGCACUCAAAAUGGGAUCAGGAUCAAAUCAUGGGCCAAGCCUAGUAAGGGCUUCGUCGAAAGUGUUCACUUCUCGAAUAUCGUUAUGAGAAACGUCCAAAAUCCAAUCAUAAUCGAUCAAAACUACUGCCCAAGUCACGUCAAUUGCCCAGAUCAUGCAUCGGGCAUAAAAAUUAAGGAUAUAACUUAUGAAAACAUCAAAGGAACAUCUGCAACAACAAUUGCAACAAAAUUCGAUUGUAGCCCUGGAAAUCCAUGUAGUGGGAUUAGAUUGGAAGAUGUGAAUUUGACUUUCCAAAACAAACCAGCUCAAUCCCUUUGUGCCAAUGCUAAAGGAAUAUCUUUUGGCACUGUUUUACCAAAUAGUUGCUUAUCAAAUUGAUUUAUUUAUAUAGAAUUAUUUCCCUUUAUUUUAUUUGUAUAAUUAAUUAUUUGAUUAAUUCUUUGUUAAUUGUAUAUCAUCACUUCAUUAUUUAUUUAUUCAAUUCUUUUACAUUAGUCUUACAAUGAUUGUUGUAAUUUAACUUUCUCAAGCCAUUUGAUCAUGAAUAUAUUACAAUAUCCACUUGUU